AUGUUCAGCUCUGCCCUGACUAGUGGGUCCACCUUGGAAAAGUCAGGAGACACCUGAGAAAUGAACGCCAUGUCUUCCUCCAGCCUUGUUGUUUUGUGGCCAUCAGUGACCUUGAGGCAGCCAUCUAACAUCCCAACAAACCCUGCGACAGAGACUGAGCGUUGUCUGGGAACGGCCCCCGCCCUCCUAGAGCUGAGUCAGGGGGCCAUGCACCAAAGCGAGGCCUGUCAGAGGUAUUUCGAAACACCCACCUCUCUUACCAUCAAAAUAAAUCUUCUGGGAAGAUCCUCAUCACCUCCAACUACAUCUCUUGCUACAAGUGAGCAGAGCCCCAGGGAGACACAUAGUUGGCAAGUUAUUCGUCACUCCACACCCCAAUGUCCUGGUGCAGAGGAUGGGGACAGUAAGAGGGCCCUGGACCACAGGGUAGUUGUGAGCGUAUCUGAGGACGUCAGGGCAGAGCAGAGCACAGGGCACAGCCAGUCAGACCAACUGGCAUUUCCUGAAGGUGUCAGCUCCUUCCCACAGCAACGCUGCGCCGAGAUCCUCCCUUACCUGACCAACGCUGCCUCCAUGCCAGUCACGCUGGAUCCCUUUACCCCGCUUCAGCUUCUUCAUUACGCUGAUCGCACCCCCUGA